ACUAGCGGUCACAAUAUAAGUCUAAAUAGUUUUGCCAACCACGUAGGUACUUCGUCAAACUUAAAAUUUCCCCAUGACGAGCAAAAGGUUGGAAGAUUUGGCGCAAUUCCGAAAAUAGCAAUAGUCUUCCCCACCAAUGGUCGCAGUGGGAUUCGAACGGGCGACCAAGCAGGCCAAGAAGAUCGCGACAAUGCUGUUAAUAUGGCUGCGGGAGCUUCCCUGCAAUGAGGAGCGUUAAGGUCUGCGAGAUUCGUCGAGCUCCUUGCGUUGCAGGAGAUGGGGAUCCAAGGGCUCCUGCCGGCAUUGAAGUCUGUAAUGAAUCCCAUUCAUGUAAAGGAGCUGGCGGGCAAACAUGUUGCGGUGGACACGUAUUCAUGGCUUCACAAGGGUGCAUUUUCUUGCAGCAGGGAGCUCUGCCAUGGAAAUCCUACACAGAGGCACAUUGAAUAUUGUAUGCACAGGGUAAAUCUUUUGCGUCAUCAUGGCGUGAAACCUAUUCUUGUUUUUGAUGGAGGACUUCUCCCAAUGAAAGCUGAACAAGAAACUAAGCGUGCAAGGGUAAGGAAGGAGAAUUUGGAACGUGCAAUUGAACAUGAGUCAUGUGGCAAUAAUGCUGCAGCUUAUGAGUGCUAUCAAAAGGCUGUAGACAUAUCACCCUUAAUAGCUUUUCAACUCAUCCAGGUUUUGCGCCAGGAGAAUGUUGAUUAUAUUGUCGCCCCUUAUGAGGCAGAUGCUCAAAUGACAUAUUUAUCCAUCAAAAGGCAUGUAGAGGCUGUGAUUACAGAAGAUUCUGACCUAAUUCCAUUUGGCUGUCUGAGGAUUAUUUUCAAAAUGGACAAAUAUGGCAAUGGUGUUGAAUUUCAAUAUGCAGAGCUUGCAAGAAACAAGGACUUGAGCUUUACUAGUUUUACAAAGGAGAUGGUUCUUGAGAUGUGCAUCUUGAGUGGUUGUGAUUAUCUCCAGUCUUUGCAGGGGAUGGGACUUAAGAGGGCUCAUGGUUUAAUAAAGAGAUUCAAAAGCCAUGAGAAGAUCAUCAAGCAUCUUAGAUACAGUGGUAUAUCAGUUCCACCACUAUAUGAAGAAACAUUCAGAAAAGCAAUGCUGACUUUUCGUCAUCAGCGUGUCUAUGAUCCUGUUAUUGAGAACAUUGUUCACCUUAUGGAGCUACCGAGCAAUGUUGACUGUGACCUGGAUUUCAUUGGUCCACCAAUGCCCCAGGAUUUGGCUCGAGCUAUUGCUAGAGGUGAAGUUGACCCAAUCACCCAUGAACGAUUUCAGGAUGAGGCUUCUACCUUCAAGAACUUAGGGCAAGCAAAUUACAGUACCAAUGGAUUCCUUAAAGAGAAACAGAAGCGAGCUUUGGAAUUACCUGUUCAAAAAAAUCUCUUGACUAAUUAUUUCUGCUUAACAUCUGCAGAAGCAAAGCGACAAUUCAAAGCUCCAAGAACCAUGGUUGGGGGACUUGAACAAAGUGAAGAACUGCCUUUACCUGGUGAAGAAACUGGUUUGCCUAACAUAGAGACAUCUGAUUUUAAGAGCAUGCUACAAGGAUCAACAGCUACUUUAAAGAGAUCAAUGUCAGGGCUGUUCGAUGACAAACAAACUUUUAGCAAAAUCUUUUUAUCUGAUUAUCUUGGGAAUGAUAGCAAGAUGUGUAGGAAUAUUGGUAGUGCAUAUGAAUGUGAGGCACUAUCUGAAGAUGAAGAUAUCAGGAGGAGAGAACAUGAUGUAUUGGAGAUUACAGCUAAUUCUGUAUCUGACGUUACCUUUCAAGAUGUAGGCUCAGGGAAAUCCAAGCCAUUAGUACCUUCUCGUAAAAUUGUUGGCAGCUUACAGACAAGUAAUGUACCGGCUGAAAAAGUUGGAAAAGGAGUGAAAAGGGGGAAUAUUAUACGGAGCCGCUACUUUUGCACAGAAAUGACUGACAUUGAUAUGGAAAAAACAGCUGCAGAAGUUCUUCCUAGUAAGGAGGAUGUGUCUGAGAUGACAUGGGACAUGGAAAUGGUGCAGAAAACAGUUGACACCAGACAUUGCAGUGAGAAAGUAUCCGAUAAUAGGGAUGUGGGCAUCAAACAACAGCUUCAACAGGAUUCUGUAAUAACAAAUAACAGAAAAGGAAAGGCUCAACAGGACUGCACAAUAACAAGCAGUGGAAAAGGAGAUAAAUUGCAUGAUGCUAUUGCAAGCGGAAAAGGAAAGCAUGUUCCCAUUUUCAGAAGUGACCUAAUUAGUAGUACCGUGCAACAAGAAAAGUUUGCAUGUAACAUCUCACAUAUUGAACAAUAUUCAGACAUAGCAGAACAGUCAAUGGAAAGAAUUGCCUCUACCAUUUCUUCAUUUAGAUACACUACUGGUCGUGCUCGUGCUAGUGGUCUCCGUGCUCCUUCAAAGUCUGCAACAACUUCAAAAUCAGUUAGGGAUCUUGAUCAGACUAGCGAUUCGCAAGUAGAUUUUAGCAAAUUUGCUUACAAGUCAAAUAAAAAUAGAAGCCAGCAAGUUAGCCACACAUGAUCUGUCUAGACAUUUGAUUGCAGACGAAUGCCUUAAAGCUUAACAGCAUGGCAGAUGCACUGUGCAUUUUCUGUUUCUACCUGAUUUACAUGGUUGAAGUCCAUUACAUUUUUCAUUCAUUGAGGUGUAAGCCUUGCAUGUAUCACUAAAACUCUUUGCUUUUUGUCCUUAUCAAUAAAACACUAAAAUUUCUCAUGGAAGUUGUAUUCC